AUGGAUCAAAUGGAUUUGUCUAUCAUCUCGCCUCCAUUCACUCUCGUUUCCCUUAUAUUCUUACUAAUCGUCUUUGAACGUAUAAAGAAUCUCAAUGAAAAUGCCUCUGAUUCUGCAGUUAUUAUCUCUACGGAUGAAGACUGGUUAAAGUGGACGCGAGAAAUCAACAUUUCCUUUGAAAGUGAGGCUGAAGCCAAUUAUCGACACUCUGUGUGGCGAAAGAACUACAAUAUGAUUCUGGCACAUAAUGCACGAAAAGACAGCCUUUACACUAUGGGAACGAAUCACUUUACUCAUCUGGAGCACUGGGAGUUUGUGGAAAUGUACCUCAGGAGCAAGAAAAUUGAACUUGACAACUAUGACUUAGACAGCUACUUUGAAGGCAAUAAGACGAUAAGGGUGAAUGAGAGUAUUAUUGAGGGCGACUGCUACUUGGGGAACUUUGACUGGAGAGAGCGCUUUCCUGAUCGUAAAGUUCGCGACCAGAUGUCCUGCGGGUCAUGUUGGGCCUUCGCUUCGGUAUCAGCAGUUGAGUGGCACUGGGCUAUCCACCACGGUAGGAGCCUCCCUCUCUCAGUACAGCAACUGGUUGACUGCGUCCAAUCCAACUUCGGCUGCAACGGCGGGAUCAUUGAAAACGCCCUUGCAUACAUCCAAAGUCAUGGCAUCAUGCUGAACCGCGACUACCCCUACCGCUCCAGAGUGACGCAGUGCACUGAGAGCCCAGAUAAAGUCGCACUGAAAAUCAAGGGCUAUGAAACUCUGUACGGCGUAAGUGAGGCCGUCUUGGCCUGCAUCGUUCAACGCCUUGGACCAGUGGUAAUUGGCUUCGACGCCAGUGGCUCGGGGCUGCAACAUUACAAAUCUGGAAUCUACGAUGGCACGGACUGCAAUGUGGAAAUGCUUAAUCAUGGACUGGUUUUACUAGGUUUUGGAACCGACGCAAGAGGUAAUAGGUAUUGGAUCUGUCAGAAUUCCUUCUCACAACGCUGGGGCGAUAAAGGCUUUUUCCGCUUCAAAUUCGGCAACAAUCUUUGCGGCGUGGCUGCUACUCCCAUUAUUCCUGUGGUUUAG